UGCCAACGUCCGUCUUAGGUAAUCACGCCUUAUAAGGCAGGGUCUUGCUCUCUCAAACGAGAUAGCUUCGCCUGCUUCUACCUACCUACUCACAUUCCGGCUUCGCUCCCAACUUCCAUCCCAGCCGCCUUCUCGAUCUCGUCCCGCAAGCUGCCCCUCCUAACAACAGCCCUUGCGAGCAGUGCAGAUCUCGGGCUUCCGAUGCUGGCCACGCCACCAUGAAGGGCGCCUCACCCUGGUCCGUCUUCGCGGGCUGCGACUGCUUCGGCACGCGCGCUCCGCCGGCGCCUCCGUCCCCGUCUUCCGCCCCCGCGGCGGUUCAGAUCAUCUCCGACCUGCACCUGGAGGCCCCGCGAGCCUACGACGUCUUCGAGAUCGCGCCGAGGGCGCCCUACCUGGCGCUGCUCGGCGACGUGGGCAACGUCGCGCGCCACGAGAAGGACUACCUCGCCUUCCUGACCCGCCAGCUCAAGCAGUUCCGCGCCGUGCUCCUGGUCCCCGGCAACCACGAGCCCUACCACUCGAGCUGGGCCGAGACCCUCGGCGUCCUCCGCGCCUUCGAGGACAAGGUUCGCAAGGACCGGUCGGUGGGCGACUUUAUCCUGCUCGACCGCGCCGUCUUCCGGCUGCCCGGCACCGACGUUGCCGUCCUGGGCUGCAGCCUCUUCUCCUCCGUCCCGGCCGAGAGCCACAUAGCGGUCAACAUGGGGCUCAACGACUUCUACCGGACCAGCGACUGGGACGUCGAAAAGCACAACGAGGCGCACCAGCGGGACCUAGCUUGGCUCAACGCGCAGGUCGCCGAGCUCGAACAGUCCGAGACCAAGAUCAUGAUCUUCUCCCACUGGAGCCCGUCGCAGGAUGCCCGCGCCGUCGACUCGAAGCAUACCGAGAGCCUGAUUACGAGCGGUUUCUCGACCGACCUGUCCGGCGAGCCGUGCUUCAAGAGCGACAAGGUCAAACUUUGGGCGUUUGGGCACACGCAUUUCAACUGCGAUUUUGCGGUCCAGCGGGAGGGCGCCGGGCCGUUGAGGCUGGUCACGAACCAGAGGGGAUACUACUUUACCCCAGCUGCGCGGUUCGACGGGGAGAUGACCGUGCAGGUUUGAGCGAGGAGGAACCGACGGGUCCAUGUAGGCACAGACUACGCGGAUAAGCCGACUCCGUCUCACUCGUAUGUAAAAGCCCCAACGCUGGGACACCAGGAGGUACGGGCGGCACCAGGUAUUUAAGAACCAUGUCCGGCUAGUCAUGGCAAUCAUUAUCUGGCUGAUAGGCCUCCCUCCUCCAUCCAUCACGUCUUGGUCUUCGUGUCAUGGGUGACUACAUCGCUGGUGCUUGGCUCGGCGACGGCCUUCUGAAAAUCCCGUGGCGUUGAGCGGGGUGGGCACGUAGGGGGGA